GAUUCGUCAUACCCUAAUCCUUCCUAUCAAAUGAGUAUAGCAUUACGCUUUUUCUGUUUUCUUCCAUUGCUUCUUUUCCCAUGAAUGAUACUUUUGGCGUGUAUUUCCAGUACGACAUUUGAAAACAGAACUCUCUUUUUGAAUCUCGAUACAGGGUGUUUGUUUGGUGUGAAUGAAUACACUCUAAGCAGUUGUCAUGGACCGGCCAUCUGUUGAUCGUGGCCGUCGUCUACGCUCUGGUUCCUCCGUUCAACAACAAGAAAACCUUGACGUCCAAUCUCCAGGCCCAGAUAACAACAACAAUGAGGAGCCACCACCUAACCCAGUCGUCAACAGAGCCCGAACAUGGAACCUAGCAGACUCAUCGCCAAGCGCUGGUAUUCGCCGUAGAGGCACAACAACAAGUUUCCGCCCACGAAACAGAUCUCUAGCUCGUAGAGCUUCAGGAACUAGCUUUGGAAAUGAGGAACCGUUCAGUCUUGCCGGACCUCAGGAUAUCGUCGCCGUGGCCCAUCAACAUACUCCAUAUGUGGAUCCCGGAUAUGCACAAUUGAACCCGGCUUAUGCUCAGCCUAUGCAUGCUAGGCCGGUAUGGUCGUUGGCGAAACCCUUGCCUAGAGUCGUGAGGCCGGGUAUGGUGCCUACUGCGAGUGAGCUGGACAGUGUCAACAACCAACCAGGAGAUACACAGAUCACAGAGGGUGAUGUGGAGCAAGGACCAGAACCGACUCUACGUCUCGACCGUGUGUCUUCAAAACUACAAGCCGUGCGUGCAGAACGAGAGAGACGUUUUGUGGAAGGCAGAAGUGGAUCAAAGAGGACGACAAGGACAAGAGCAGAUUCUCAAUCUUCAGUACACUCGCAGAAUCAACAACAACUGCGACGGGAGAACAGUGCCCAACAAGGAUCUACUGUUGAUGUUCUCCCAGAUGUGGUCGAAGAACUUGAACCCACCGAUCACGAACAAUUCCCUGCUUAUGAGGAGAACUUCGACCCUACAACAACCUAUAGACCAACCUACGAAUUCGACGACAGUUUCUCAGCAAAGACCGCGCUGGACGACAUACCCGAAGAUGACGACCUGACUUUGAACAACGACAAUCUAGAAGACGAAGUCUACAACGCACACACCCAUUGGUCCGUCCUCCGCCACCGCUUCCGUCAAGAACUCGCAGAAUUCCUCGCCGUGGUCGUUCAAUUGACUCUAGGCUUUUGCUCAGACCUCGCCAUCACUGUCGGCGGUGCCCCAGCAAACAAUGCAAUCUUUGCAUCUCUGGCUUGGGGUUUCGCCACCAUGACUGGAAUUUACAUCGCCGGAGGACCUUCUGGAGCGCAUUUGAAUCCUGUGGUUACGAUAAUUCUAUACAUCUUCCGCGGUUUUCCUAAACGUCAAAUGGGUGGCUACUUUCUGGCACAGAUACUCGGUGCUUUUGUCGCUGGAUUUAUCAGUUAUGGCGUGUACAAGACACAGAUUGAUGCGUACAUUGCUGCUCCUUCUGCUGGAACAACCACUACAGAAACUACUCAGAACAUCUUGAACGCAUUUGUUACGAACCUCAGGAGCAGCAAUGUCACCCUCGCAACUGGCUAUUUCAACGAAUUCGUCGCGACAGCCGGAUUAGCCAUUACCGUUCUCGCACUGGGUGAUGACACAAACACACCCCCCGGCGCUGGUAUGACUGCCUUAAUUCUUGGAUUCGUCAUCACUGUGCUUCUCCAAGCCUUUGGUACAAACACUGGUGCUGCUCUAAACCCUACUCGUGAUUUAGGCCCACGUUUAGCUCUCUGGUGUGUAGGUUUCACACGAGAUCAGUUAUUUGCAGGGACGUGGUGGCUAUAUGGACCGUUCUUGGCUUGUAUACCUGGUGGAAUUGUAGGGGCGGCAUUGUAUGAUAUCUGUAUCUUCACCGGUGGAGAGUCACCGGUCAAUUAUCCUAGGAAGAGAAUUUGGAGAGCUGGACAUAAGGCGAAGAAGAAGUGGAGUAGGAGACUUAGACCUUGGAAAAAGGGCAAGGGGAAGAAAGUGGAAGAGCAGAAGACUUGAUGGUGCAAAACAAUAGAAUAUAGCCUUCUCCGCGCAAUAGAGUGCAGUUGAUUCGAAAGAAGAAGCCUUGCGUAGUACCGUACUCGAGGAGCGAGAAACUAUUAUUACGAAUCUCCCAUAAAUGUUGAAGCAAAGAGAUAAAGGCCGCGGGGUACAUUUAUAUAGUACGACGGUGUGGAAGCAAGGACAAGUAAGUAAUGCGGGGUCGUAACAGGAUUACAUGUGAGAGAUUUACGCUGGUAGGGAGACCGAGACAGAGUAUGUGUGGCGGACGAUCGAGUAGUAUGAUCUUUUGUCUCAGAGGCAGCUGGCUACCGCAUGUUGAGCAUCUCGAGAAGUCGGUCUUAUGGCGCUGUAUAUCUUGCUCCUCAAGAUGGGCAUCUAUCAGGGCUGGC